AUGCGUCAUAAGCGACUCCUCAAGACAUCCGGAAAUUGGAUAAUAACAGAAGUCCCAACGGGAGUCCCAGCUGGCUCACAGGCAUACAACCUCACACAUGCAUCUUCCAAGAAAUUGAUUGGUCUUCACGCCCUACGUGGGCCGAAGUCUCACAAACGGUGGUCCUUUCAACGGGUCAGCCAGUCUGGGGCCGAAACCCGAAUUGCUAUGUGGCAGAACCCCAGUCUCAAAUAUCACUUCGAAAAUAAUCUCUUUGAUAUUCAUGCCUACCAAGUUGACAGAGAUUAUCUCAUCCUUCCGCGCGGAUUCUUCUCGGUUAUCUGGAAGAGCAUCCAGGAGCGCAAAUUGCGCCCGGAGAUUUACGACUCUGACAGUUUUGCGAUAGUAUUCAAAGCAGCUGUUGCCACUUGGGGAAGUGACAAAAUCGGGGCGGAUGAUAUAGGCAUUCUCUGUGGCUGGAUGCUUGGACGUGCCAGGCCUCCUGCGGUAGAAGGACAAAAAGCAGUCAACUUCACGUUAGAGGACGACUAUGAGAAAAUUGUGUUUUUCGAGCCCGAGACAGGCGAAUUCAUGGUUUGUUUCUUGAUCGCUGUUGCGUUUGUUGUCGCCUAA